AAAGAACGUUAGCGCUGUGAGGUUGGUGUGAUUUGACUUGUCGAUUCUCGGAGUCUGGUCAGUGACUAAAACUUCUUGAAUUAAUUUUGUGCCCAACAACAGUGACCUGCUUGUUCGUAUUCGAAACGACACGCACGUUCAUUUUCCCGUUUGCCACCAGCAGCAACACAGCGCCAUUUUCGUGGAAAGUCUGACUACUCGAGUGCAACUGGCCGGGUGGGUAGACUUAUUCCAGUCACGAAAAGAAGUGAAAGAAGUGGAGCGAUCGAGAGCUACCGGAAAAAAGGCAUUUGAAAGCAUUUCUUCGUCCGUGGGCAAUAGCGCGCGCGAACACAAACACAGGCCGGCGGGUUAGUUGCAGAAGACGACGCAUUGGGAAUUUGUGACGAGUUACAGAGACACACAAUUAAAAAGAUGAGUGGAGAAUGGGAAGAAAAUGGUGACGAUCAGGGACUGAGCUUUGAUAAGCCGAACUACACCGAUGUAACUGAGAGCGCUAAUAACGAAUUUGACAAUGGAGCAAGCAACGGAUAUGAUAACGGAUUUGAUGAGGAUUCUACUGGUGGCUACGAUAGCGCACCCUCGUACGGUGGACGUGGAGGACGUGGUGGACGCGGCGGGCGUGGUGGGCGAGGAGGUGGGCGCGGCGGCCGUGGUCGUGGUGGUGGCGGAGAUCGAAAUGGAAAUUAUCGCAAUGGCGGUGAUGAAGAAGGGGGAGAUCAUUAUUCCGGCAACGAUCCUGGUAUGGAUCAGGUGAAGACUGAUAAACCUCGCGAGGUAUACAUUCCACCGCUUCCCACCGAAAUUGAAGCGGAAAUUUUUGGCUCGGGCAUCAGCUCCGGUAUCAACUUUGAUAACUUUGACGACAUCGAAGUGCGGGUCUCGGGAGAGAAUCCACCGGCACAAGUAGAAAGCUUCGCCAGUGCAGGUCUGCGGGAGGAGGUGAUGACAAAUGUCCGCAAGUCGGGAUAUACUAAGCCAACGCCUAUUCAACGGUACGCCAUGCCCAUUGUGAUGGAGGGCCGCGAUUUGAUGGCAUGCGCACAGACUGGAUCUGGAAAGACUGCCGCUUUUAUGUUGCCCAUGAUUCACCAUCUGCUGUCGAUUGAAGGGAUCGACUUUUUCUCGCGCGCUCCUUACAUUGUGAUCGUGGCUCCGACACGAGAGCUUGCCAUUCAGAUCCACGACGAGGCGCGAAAAUUCGCACAUGGUACGAAACUGAAGGUGUGCGUGAGCUAUGGCGGGACGGCGGUCUACCAUCAGUUGCAGACCAUGAACGCUGGCUGUCAGAUUCUGGUCGCAACGCCUGGUCGUUUGAUCGAUUUCAUGAACCGCGGCGCAGUCACAUUCGAAAACGUGAAAUUCGUCGUGCUCGACGAAGCAGAUCGCAUGCUGGACAUGGGCUUCCUGCCGUCGAUCGAGCAGGUCAUGAGUCACCAAACGAUGGCGUCGAAGGAGAAUCGUCAGACGCUCAUGUUUUCGGCCACCUUCCCGUCCGAGAUUCAGGAGCUGGCUGGACGGUUCCUAAACAACUACAUCUGUGUUUUCGUUGGCAUCGUGGGCGGGGCUUGCAACGAUGUAGACCAAGUCAUCUUCCAAGUCGAAAAAUUCAAAAAGCGCAAGAAGCUGGAGGAGAUCCUAAACGAGGGCAACCCGAAGGGCACACUCGUUUUCGUCGAAACAAAGCGUAACGCCGAUUUUCUCGCCUCGUUCAUGUCGGAGACACAGUUUCCGACCACUUCAAUCCACGGUGAUCGGCUCCAGCGUGAGCGUGAAAUGGCUCUGAACGACUUCAAGACGGGUCGGAUGGAUGUGUUGAUCGCGACUUCAGUGGCCGCUCGCGGGCUGGACAUUAAAAAUGUUUCGCACGUCAUUAACUACGAUCUGCCGAAGGGUAUCGACGAUUACGUGCAUCGCAUCGGUCGUACGGGACGCGUCGGCAACAAGGGUCGCGCGACCAGCUUCUACGAUCCAGAGGCGGACGCUUCCAUUGCUAACGAUUUAGUAAAGAUUCUCACUCAGGCCGGGCAGCAGGUGCCCGAUUUCCUAAGCGGCAGUGGCGGCUAUGGUGGUGGUUCCUUCAAUGGAUCGUCCUCAUUCGGUGGACGGGACAUUCGCGACUCGUACGGGUCGCGUGUCGAAGCCCAACCGGUUCAACAGGAACCGGAAGAAGAGUGGUAGUGACGAAGACUCGCGUGCUGAACAAAAUGAUAACUUUUAUCAUAAUUCUUUUCAUUCAUCAUUUCAACAAUGUUACUGGAUUACCUUAUCGACGGCUGCUACAUUUCAAAUGUAAAAAUGUCGUAAAUAAACGAUCGAACUUUUCGUAGACAACA